GUGCUGACCAAUGCCGGCGCUGUGUAUACAAAAUCAUCCUGUCCGGUAUAUAAGUAGCGGUGACAAACACGCUCGAAGAAGUAGAAGGGGGGAACGAGCAAGCUCCUUUCAUCACGUAGUUUGCGCGUGUUGUUUCUGAGCGUCUUCGGGGGGUCUUCUCUUUCCCGUCAUCUUUUCUUCGGCUCCUUCUUCUUCUUCUUCUUCCUCUUCUUCUUCUUCUUAUAUCGCUGGCGCUACCUGUUAUCGCCGUCCUGCCGUAUUCGUAUACGUUGUUGAUGUCUAUAUAGGCGUUAAGUGUGUAUUUAUAUUGUUAGCAAUUGUGCCUUCGUUCUAGUACUUAGAUCGUAAUUUCCGUCAGGCGCGACCCUGCGUCGAAGUCAAAUAGUUUUUUCUUCGCUAGAGGACGAGAUCGGCGGUGGGCAGUUCUGUGCUGGGUGCUCUGUCGUGAACAGGACUGCGAUCAGUAACUGAAAAACUCGUUCUCAGACUAUGACUCGUUGAUCGACUGAGCCAGAGCUAGUACCGUUUUGCCAGAGGUUUUAACGAUAGUGUGAUAGGAUUAGACGCGCCGUGGGUUUGGCUGUAGGAAGAACAAUAUAAGGACGAGUAGGGUAGGUGAGGUAGUUCAUACGCACGCGGACUCAUUAGACAGUCCUUUGAAAGGACUCAGACGGAAGGACUUGGGAGGACGCGUUGUGCGACUGUCGCGUCGGGUAGAAUUUUUGUGAACGCGGCCACAGCCCCAUCGGUAUUGGUGUGAUCGGCGAUGGCGUCGUGGGACAGGCUUGGUGGCGUGAGGGAGAUAGAGGGGGAGGACCGCGCUCCUCAGGAGAGCGGCGGCGGCGGCGGCGGCGGCGCCCGGGGUAGCGGCGAACGAAAGCGCGGAUGCAGCGCAGCCAAGUGGUUCCUCGUAUCCGUGGGCGUUGUCUUCGUUGUCGUCUUUCUCGUCGCUAUUCCAGUCGCUGUAACCAGGGCUCGCCAGAGCGGCCGGAGCAAGCAGAACCUGCAGAGCGCUCCGCUGACGGUGGGUGCUGCGGCGAAUCAGACCUGCAAAGGCAGCGAUGAUUUCCAGCUGUGUCUGAACACCCUGCUUUACUACAGUGAUGGCAACAGUCUGAACCUGAGCGCGACGGCGGAUCUGAAAACGCUGGCCUCCUUCCCGAUCAAGGUCUUGACCGCGUCCAGUUCCAAGGCGAAGGAAGUGAGAGAGGACAUUAACCAACUUGUUAUGUCGGCGCGAGGGACGGUGUGGGAGGUUGCGGCGAACGAGUGUAACGCGAGCUUGUACGACAGUCUGCCGCUCUUGCUGCAGGUUGCGAACGCUACAAAGAAGGAGGAGUACGACAUCGCGCGCGCGGGGCUCUCCGCCCUGCGCACGCAGACGGCGGACUGCGCGGAGGCGCUCUUUGCCGCUCUCAACUUGUCUGUCGAGGUCUCCUCGUCGGCUGACUCUUUCAAUGCGACCUUCGAUUCGGUGGAGUGGUUGUUUAACGGAACGGCGGGCGCGACGCUGUAUAAUUCCACGGUCACGUUUGCUUUCCAUUUAUCUAACGCGCUGAAUGUGAUAACCAACGUGAGGGACAGGAUUGCCAGCGGGCAGGUGGUUGUGGCGGGAAGCCGGCGGAGGUUGAUGAGGAGGAGGUUGCUGGCGCAGGCGGACGUGGAUCGCAGCGUGACCCCAGAUUUCACCGUCGACCCGUCUGGAGGCGGCAAUUUCAAGAAGAUUCAGCAGGCCGUCAACGCUGCGGUGACGAUGAGGGCGGAGAAGCCGGACGAUCGGAUCGUCAUAAAGAUCAAGGCGGGUUUGUACAGAGAGAAGGUGUUCGUUCCCAAGGAGCUGUACAUGCUGACGAUCAUCGGAGAAGGGCCAACGAGGACGAAGAUUCAGUGGGGCGACUACACCAACCCUAAUUACACGACGGGGCUGAAAACCAGCAACACGUCGACCUUCGCUGUGGAGGCGCUCGGCUUCCUGGGCAUAGACUUCGCCAUCGAGAACGACGCGGGGUGGUCCCAGAAGGUGCAGAUGGCUGUGGCGUCUCGGGCGUCCCUCCGCACUCUCGAACUCUCGCCGGGCAAGCUGGGCUCCGGAGUGGCCGCCUUUGUCAAUUGCCACUUCCUCGGGCAACAGGACACUCUGUACGCGCACUCCGGCUGGCAGUACUACUACCGCUGCCUCAUCAACGGAACGGUGGACUACGUGUUCGGCAACGCGGCGGCGGUGUUCCAGUCCUGCUCUCUGAACAGCCUCCGGACGAACGGGACAAACACAGUGACGGCACAAGCGCGAACGAGCAAGGACGAGGACACUGGAUUCGUGUUCCGCCAUUGCGACGUCGAUCAGCGCACGACCAAUCAGUCGGUGUACCUGGGUCAGGUCCACCCCUACCGCCAGGUGUACCUUGGCCGUCCGUGGAAGCCGUACGCUCGAGUCGCCUACAUGUUCUGCUAUCUCGGCGGCAUCAACCCGGAGGGCUGGAUGAGAUGGACCUUGGUUGGAAAGGGUGCUGACAAUCACGAGACGGCGGAGUUCCUCGAGUACCGCAAUACAGGUCCGGGAUCGGCAACGGAGCAACGCGUAUCGUGGAGCCGUGUCAUGUCCGACGACGAAGCCCCUGACUACACCGUGGAGAAGUUCAUCAAGGGAAAGAAAUGGCUUCCUAGCCUUGGCAUAGACUCCGACAUCUGGGCGUGAUCAUCGCCAACGGUAUCCGCGUUCCUUCCCUUCAUUGCUACACAUUUGGCGUUCUCAAGUAGACGGAACUGAAAAUAAGGUUAGUACGGCGCUCAGAUGCACUCCGACGACGGAGAUCGAGCGUAGCUUUCGCACCCACCACUUGUAGGUAGACGUACGAAUCAAACUCUUCUGUGAAUCUCUUCAUCGCUGUCUCUCUCUCUCUCUCUCUCUCUCUCUCUCUCUCUACGUGUUGUCUUUGUCUUGUUAGUUUGGUCCUUGAGUCUUCUGUGUUAGUUCGUGUAUCUGCUCUGCUACGUUUUUCCUUUUCCUUCUGCUUGUCUAUUUCUCUACACUCAUUCGAGCUUGUUAAAUAUCGCAGAUGUUUAUGCGUAAACAUGGCUUUCUAUUUGUCUGUGCGGCGCAAUUUAUCACUAAUUUACCUCUAGUUUAUUACAAUUCGUUAGUCUUAUUGAUUAGACUUGAGCAGUACUAGAGGGCGAUGAGCCUUGUUUUUCGGUGGCCCGUCGAUCAGUCGGUGGAGAUUAGCCCAGCUCUAUCAUCUAUGUAUGCCUCGGUAUGACGCCUGGAUAUUACCGGUCGAUGCGGAAGUGUCUUCGGGGGAUUCAAUGAAUGUGGACGGUAUAUUGAAGUUUAACCGUUGGGGUAAGGUAGUGUCCGUCUUCGGUGGAUUCAGUGAAUGUGGCCGUUAAAUUUAAGUUAACCAAUGAGUUAAGAUGAGGUUGGGUUAAGGUGAGGUGUUAGAGGAGUCGUGAAGUGGUUAAGCUCAGCUUUUGGAUCGUUUUUUUUUUUUUAAGGUUCGGUUGCGUUUCUUUGCAUAUACUGUUAGGUUGAAGAUGGUAUGUCUUCGACGCAAAUUCAGUGAAGCCAAAGCCAAAUGGAGGUGUGGCUUCAACCAGAGCGAGGGAGGGAGGGAGGGAGGGAGGGAGGGAGGGAGGGUAGACAUCGUUUUCAGAUCAAUUGAUUGCUUUUUAUUCUCUUGGGGUCUUGUGUUUGCCAGUGGGUGUCAUGGCGAAGUUAUUACCCGUACUAAGAUAUUUUCCUUCUUUUUCAAGAUUAAUUUUGCUGCUCUUUUCAAAAUUAUUCUCUUAUUGUUUGGAUAACGCAGCUCUGAGCGGUAUACAACCCGCGAUGUACAUGUCGAUGGUUUCCAGCUGUAUACAGAUGUCAGCAAUAUCUGCUUUUCCUUACUAGAGAUCUCUUUAUAAUUACAGUAAAGUAAUUUCGGAAUCUCCGGUCUGUCAUUCGGCGAUGCUUGGAGCCGUCACGCUGCUGCUCUACCCGGAAGUAGUCGAGUAUAAUAAUGGAGACCAGCCUUCAGUACGAGUUGUGUUAGCUUCGACAAUACGUAACUGAUGGACGAAAACCAAUUAAAAUGAUAACUGAUAGAGAUUUUUCUUAGGCCUCUCGAGCCGGUAAGUAGUUUGAAAUUCGAUUUCUUGCGUUCUCAAUUGCAAGACAGUCUAAGCAACGUAAUAAGUUAAUGACAAGGAUGGUGAAAAAUCCGGUGUUGCCUGCGAGGCCUGCCUCUCCGUGAUCUGGCGAACUGUUGUGCGUCGAGCAUUUUGGAUUUAAAUGUCAUGGAGAGAGAGAGAGAGAGAGAGAGAGAGAGAGAGAGAGAGAGAGAGAGAGAGAGAGAGAGAGAGAGAGAGAGAGAAUUUUCUCGGUGUAUUAACCUAUGGAGAAAAGAAAGUAAUAAAGUGCCGAUCAACCU